AUGAGUGUGAACGCCCUUCAACCCCCAUCAUCCCGCUGGCAGGCAACAACAUUUGUCCGGGAGGGCGAGGGUCAGGCCAGUCUCACCACCUCAAGGCCGGAUGCUGGGCAGUUGAACAGGGCACGUGAUUGGAAGUUGCUGGUAGACUUAAACCAAAAGCUGUGCUUCCUGACUGAAAUCGCAUCCACCAACCUGCGACCAGACCUUGUGCUGUGGUCAGCUUCGCUCAAGCACGUGUACAUCAUUGAGCUCACGGUCCCCUGGGAGAGUGCAGUAGAGGAAGCCUAUGAGCGAGCUACAACAACGAGGCUGGACAACGAGGGUCUGACCAGUGGAGGUAGGUUGCAGAGGAGUAUCACUGAGAAGCCGGUGACACCGGAGUACGAGGUGGCACCAGUGCAGAAGUCGCGCUUCACUCUGCUCCACGACAGUGUGGCCAAAGCCCUGUGGGACUGGCUCAUUCUGCUGGCCACCUUCUACGUGGCUGUCGCUGUGCCCUACACCGUCAGCUUCACGCCGUACCAUGACACUGUCGCGGCUUCAUACUUCACCAUUGUCAGCGACAUUUUAGUGGAAAUGCUAUUUAUUAUAGACAUUAUCCUGAACUUCCGCACCACCUUUGUGAGCCAGUCAGGGCAGGUGGUGUAUGAGUCGCGCUCCAUUUGUGUUCACUAUGCCACCACCUGGUUCUUUGUGGACUUGUUGGCUGCUCUGCCCUUUGACCUACUGUAUACCUUCAACAUCACAGUGAGCCCCUUGGUCCACCUACUCAAGACUGUACGCCUGCUGCGCCUCCUUCGUCUUCUUCAGAAGCUGGAUCGCUACUCCCAGUACAGUACCAUGGUGCUGACCUUACUAAUGUCUGCGUUUGCCCUGCUGGCACACUGGAUGGCCUGCAUCUGGUAUAUGAUUGGAAGCAUGGAGAUAGAGAACAGUGAGACCUGGGACAUUGGGUGGCUCUAUAAGCUGGGCAAACAACUGGAGACGCCCUACAUCAACAGCACGGUGGGCGGCCCGACAGUACACAGCUCCUACAUCGCUGCCCUUUACUUUACCCUCAGCACCCUGACCAGUGUGGGCUUUGGCAAUGUCUGCGCCAACACCGAUGCUGAGAAGAUCUUCUCCAUCUGCACCAUGCUCGUUGGCGCUCUGAUGUACGCCCUGGUCUUCGGUAAUGUGACGGCCAUCAUUCAGCGUCUGUACUCACGACGUUCUCUCUACCACACACGCAUGAAGGACCUGAAGGACUUCAUCCGUGUCCACCGUCUCUCCCAGCAGCUCAAACAACGUAUGCUGGAGUUUUUCCAGACCACAUGGUCUGUCAACAAUGGUAUAGAUGCUAACGAGCUCCUACACGACUUCCCUGACGAGCUGCGGGCCGACAUCGCCAUGCAUCUGAAUAAGGACAUCCUCCAGCUGCCGGUCUUUAAGGGGGCCAGUCGUGGCUGCCUGCGCUCACUCUCCCUCCAUAUACAAAGCUCCUUCUCUGUCCCUGGGGAGUUCCUUAUCCGUCAUGGCGAUGCGCUGCAUGCCAACUACUUCAUCUGCUCUGGGUCUCUGGAGGUGGUUAAAGACAACAUAAAAGUGGCAAUGUUAGGACCAGGGGACCUGAUUGGGUCUGACCUGCCUGGUACAGACCAGGUGAUCAAGACCAAUGCCGAUGUGAAGGCGCUGACCUACUGUGACCUCCAGUAUAUCAGUGUGCGUGGCCUGAGAGAAGUGCUGAAACUCUACCCUGAGUACGCCAGUGUGUUCGCCUCCGACAUCCACAACAACCUCACCUACAACCUGCGUGAUGGCAGCCUGGAAGAGGGCCACAGCCCGUUCUCAAGGUCCCACAGGCUUUCCCAUGAACCCAGGCUCCCUUUGGAAACAAAGGGGGACAACCCUGAUGACUCCUUCCUCCUCUCACCAGCGACCCGCUCCCGUCGCAACCUCCUGCUGCCCAGCUUCGGCAGCCCUGUUCGCCCUACCCCCCUGGGAAACCUCCAGGGGGAUGAUCUGCGGCAGUUACAGCACAACGGUUUAGAAAACCUUAGUCAUGGCCUUCACGGGCAGAGCUCAUUCCCUCAGCCAUCAUCAAAGAAAACCCCAGAUCUUAAUCCCAGGGUUGUAGACGGCAUGGAAGACAAUAGACACACGUUCCAUUUCAACGUGGAGCACAGCGGGCCUAAGGCCAGUACAGGAGGCACCACCCAAGACUCCACACAGUAUAAUGCCACUCUGCUGCUGGAGACGGAGGAGAUGCGACAGAACUUCAGUCAACUCAACCAAAAGGUGGACAGAUUUAAUCAGGAAGUAUCUGAGAGUCUGCACCACAUAAUACACCUCCUCCAGGCCCAGGUAUCCAGCCCUCCCACAGCCCCCAACACUGGAAUAUCCUUUUAACCUAGCCUCAGCCUACCAACUCCAACAUGAAGGCCAUGGCCACCAAAGCAGCCCUCAUAAUCUUUUUUUUUAUUUAAAAAAUAAAAAAAUAAAGUUCCACAACAGUGGCUUCCAGUAUAUACUGUAUAUUUUUUCCAACAUCCUCAGAGCAAUUUGCAGUUGAUAGUACCUGUUACCUCCUUGCAUGGUAAAGUUGUUUAUUCUUUUUCCAAAGGAAAAGGUUUUCAAAUCAAUGUGUAAGCAACAUGACAACCUGUUAAUUGUGUACACAUAUACUGUAUUUGUAAGGCAGACAGGUCAGAGUAGUUGGAUGUCAUUUUUCCUUUUUUUGGAAAAGAAACACAGAAUAGAGUAACAUGUUCUAUAAAUGACUGCUUAGUUGUAAUAGAACAUCUCAUCUCAGUCAGAAAUCCAGUUUAAAUGUAAAAUAAUGAAUAUCCAACUCCGAUUUAAGCUUAGGAACUUUGUGUUAAAGCUUCAGAAAAACUGGACUUAACGACUUUUUUCUGUAUUGUACAUUCAUCAAAGUUAGACUUUGUGUUUGACAGGUGGUUGUGCAUGAUCUGAAACCCAUUCUCAAAAUAUUGUUGCAUGUAUUCAGUUAUG